UGUUAUCCGAAGGUGGUACCAAGACAGGGCUGGUCAGCGGGACUUGGAGCGGAUGUACGGAAGGGAUUUAAACUAAACGGACAUAACGUUUCUGACAGGAUGCGCUCAUAACCACAUCUUCUGCAGCUGUAUUCAAAGAAAGACGGAGCAUCCUCCCAAGACAUGCAGUAUAGGAAACUGCAAAUGAAUUAAGCUGCGUGAUUGAACAGGAUGUAGGAUCCAGGAUAUAAGCGGAGGUUUCCCGGCGGUUGUCUGCAGAGAUAGUGGCUCUCACCCCCCCUCUACCUGCCCGCAGGUAGCUCCUAAAGCCGGGGUGGAUCUGUCCGUGUUCCCCGUUUGUUGGUGGAUGAACUUCAACAUCUAUUAUUAAAUGAUUCGGGACCUGAGCAAGAUGUAUCCGCAGUCACGGCACCCGGUACCUCACCAGCCGGGCCAGCCCUUCAAGUUCACUGUGUCAGAGUCAUGUGACCGCAUCAAGGAGGAGUUUCAGUUCCUACAGGCUCAGUUUCACAGUCUGAAACUGGAGUGUGAGAAACUGUCCAGUGAGAAGACAGAGAUGCAGAGACACUAUGUUAUGUACUAUGAGAUGUCUUAUGGACUCAACAUUGAGAUGCACAAACAGGUGGAGAUGGUGAAGCGACUGAAUGCUAUCUGUGCCCAAGUCAUCCCCUUCCUUUCACUAGAGCACCAGCAGCAGGUAGUCCAGGCGGUGGAAAGAGCUAAACAGGUCUCCAUGGCUGAACUCAACUCUAUCAUCGGGCAGCAGCUCCAUGUCCAGCACCUGUGUCAUGGCCCUGCUCUCCCGGUGCCCCUCACCACCCAACCUUCUGGGCACCAACUCCCUCAACCGCCUCUGCCCACCGCAGGCAGCGCCAGCCUCGUGGCACUCUCCUCUGCCCUCCUGCCCACCGCAGGCGGCAGCAGCCUCCUGGCCCUCUCCUCCGCCCUCGCUGUGCAUCAGAUGCCCCUAAAGGAGGACAAAAAACACAAGGACAACAACACCGACACCGACAGAGAAAGAGACUCAGUCAAGAGUCCGUCUGUGUCCCCCUCCUCCAGUUUACGAGCAGUAGAGAAGCACAGGAGUUCAGGUGACUCCUCAGACAGCAAGAAACCGAAAAUGUCUGAAAAGGAGCUGAGCGCCACACGUUACGACAGCGACGGGGAGAAGAGUGAUGACAGCCUAGUGGUGGAUGUCUCUAAUGAGGAUCCUGCCUCUCCUAGAGGAAGCCCAACUCAGUCCCCUCGUGAGAACCGAUUGGAUAAGAGCCGUCUGCUGAAGAAGGAAGUCCCUCCCCUCAGCCCCGCCUCUAUGGCCUCGUCUAGUAGUACGCCCUCCAACAAGUCCAAAGACGUCAUCACGAAUGAGAAGUCCAGCACCUCCACCCCCGGCCUGAGAGGGAAAACAUCAGGACUAGAGGGCCCUGGUCUGCGUCCCCUGGGGUUGCCGUGUCCUUACCCGGGUGCGUUUGGCAUGAUGCCUCACCCAAGUCUCAACGGGCUGAACGGCGACCUGGGCGGAGCCAGCGCCUACGCCUCCCUUCACAACCUGUCUCCUCAGAUAAGUGCGGCUGCUGCGGCUGCAGUUGCGGCCUACGGACGAUCACAAGUGGUUGGUUUUGACCCCCACCACCACAUGAGGGUCCCUGGUCUUCCUCCCAACCUCUCUGGCAUUCCUGGAGGAAAACCAGCCUAUUCCUUCCACGUGAGUACUGAGGGCCAGAUGCAGCCGGUGCCGUUCCCUCCGGACGCCCUGAUAGGCCCGGGGAUCCCACGUCACGCCCGUCAGAUCAACACGCUGAGCCACGGCGAGGUGGUGUGUGCCGUCACUAUCUCCAAUCCAACCAGACACGUCUACACAGGAGGGAAGGGCUGUGUCAAGAUCUGGGAUAUCAGCCAGCCCGGCAGCAAGAGUCCUGUCUCUCAACUAGACUGUCUGAACAGAGACAGCUACAUCCGUUCAUGCCGGCUGCUGCAUGAUGGGAGGACUCUGAUCAUAGGGGGCGAGGCCUCCACACUUUCAAUCUGGGACCUAGCCUCACCCACCCCGCGUAUCAAGGCAGAGCUAACGUCUUCCGCCCCGGCCUGCUACGCCCUCGCCAUCUCCCCCGACGCCAAAGUCUGCUUCUCCUGCUGCAGCGACGGGAACAUCGCCGUCUGGGACCUCCACAACCAGACACUGGUCAGGCAGUUCCAGGGCCAUACAGACGGGGCUAGCUGUAUAGAUAUCUCUCACGACGGAACCAAGCUGUGGACCGGAGGUCUGGACAACACCGUCCGCUCCUGGGACCUGAGAGAGGGACGGCAACUACGUCAACACGACUUCACCUCACAGAUCUUCUCUCUAGGGUACUGUCCUACAGGGGAGUGGUUAGCUGUAGGGAUGGAGAACAGUAAUGUAGAAGUCCUCCACGUCACCAAGCCAGAGAAAUACCAGCUACAUCUCCACGAGAGCUGUGUCCUCUCCCUCAGGUUCGCUCACUGUGGUAAAUGGUUUGUGAGUACCGGGAAAGACAACCUGCUGAACGCUUGGAGAACACCUUACGGAGCCAGCAUAUUCCAGUCUAAGGAGUCAUCCUCAGUGCUAAGCUGUGAUAUCUCUGGGGAUGACAAGUACAUUGUGACUGGUUCUGGAGACAAGAAGGCGACCGUCUAUGAGGUCAUCUACUAGACCCCUGACAUUGACUGGUCACCCGACCAAAAAAACGACCCUGUCCGAGGGUAUUUUGUCUGUCCUGUGAUGUAGUUUUACCUGAUAACGGACAACUUCCUAAUAUGGAUUCCGUACACCAUCCCCCCCCCACCCCAGGACUGAUAUGGAUUCCGUACACCACCAC